GUGUAGUGAAAGAAGGGAGUAAAAGUCAAAGGGAGGGACACACCUCUGCCUCCUUCUAUCAAACCACAACAUGUUGCAGCCUGCGAGCCCAGAUGUUAUGCAGCAUUUAUGAGCGAAGAGGAGAGAAGUCCCGUCACAACCGAACGGCAGUGGGAUAUUUCAGCUGGAAACAUCCGUCCGAGGAGGAUUAGAGUCCCCGUUUAAGGUUCAAAAUUUUACCAAAACAUGAGGACAAACUCUUCCGUUCAUGAGGAUGACAGCCCUGUCCACAAUGACUUCUCCACAACCAUCGGUGCCCUCAUCCUCAGCUUGGUCUUCCUGUUGGGCGUCCCCGGCAACUUCUUCAUCGUCUGGAGCAUCCUGGCUCGAAUUAAGCAGCGCUCAGUUACCACCCUCCUCAUCCUCAACCUCGCCCUUGCUGAUGGGUUCAUCAUGGUCCUCACCAUCUUCUUCAUCAUCUACCUGGCCAAGCAGGAAUGGAUCUUCGGGGAACCCAUGUGUAAAGCCAUGUUCUACUUGUGCAACACCAACAUGUACGCCUCCAUUUUCCUGAUCACGCUGAUGAGUGUGCACAGGAUGGUGGCUGUGUGGUUCCCACGUAAACUGUAUAACCUGGUGACCAGGAAGAUUGUGAGAAGAAUUAUUGCGGGGAUGUGGAUGCUGGUCAUGGUGAUUGCUAUCCCAUCAUUGGUGUUUCGGAAGGUUAUAGAGGUCUCCGAUGACGAGACAAACCACACUAAGUGGGUUUGUGCGCCGAAUCACUCCCUGCCUCGACACGUGAGAUUCCAGUACGCUCUUGAAACAGUAUCAGGCUUCAUCCUUCCAUAUGCCAUCAUCAUCACCUGCUACGUGCUCAUCCUGAAACGCCUGCGGCAGGACAAGUUCCGCCGCUAUGUUCGCAGCGAGAAACUCAUCCUGGCUAUUGUGGUGACGUUUGGCCUCUUCUGGCUGCCAUAUCAUGUCAUCAACAUGGUGCAGGUGGCAGCUGAGUGGUAUCCAGAGGGUUCAGACACAAGAAAAAUAUUGGACGAUAUCCAUUCCGACAGCCGUGCGGUGACGUCGGCCUUGGCCUUCAUCAGCAGCUGUGCCAACCCAGUUCUAUACACUUUUGCUGGAAAGUCCUACAUCAAGAAGAACGGUUUCGCCUUCAUGGCGAAGCUCUUCGAAGGCACAUCGCUAGAGCAAACGGAUAACAGGAAGAGCCGGAAGAUAAACAAGGAUGGAAUAAGAUCUAAUAACAGCAACAACACGUUGCCUAUCUGUGAUCAGACAGUAGCUCCUCAAGUCAGUUAGGUCUGCACUGUUUCUGUCUUCAGCUGCAUCAAAGAUCAGGCACAGGAACUGAGGUCAAAUGUUUUUAUUUUUAUGUGUUUUUUAAUAGUGUUUACAUUGUCUACAACAAAAAAAAACAAUGUCAAUGCAAUGCUUAAC